CAUGAAACUGAGAAGAAUGUCCCUUUCACAGCUGGUAGGCUCCCUGCUGUGAAAUUGAGCUCCAGCCAGGAGCCCUGCUGCUGCCUCCCAGUGAGGGAUUGGGUCAGGGGAGGUAGAGAAGAAAGAGCCCAGAUGGUGGCCAUGAUUGGGCUCUCCUCCUGCCCAGUCUGUCAGUGGGAGGAGGCAGUGGGGCUUCAGGCUAUCAUUGCUGGGGGGAGAACUCCCCCUGCUGGGGUUGACACCAGGAGCCCUGCUGCCACCUCCCAGUCAAGAGAUUGCCUGGGGGGGGGGGAAAUCCCAAGACUGACACCUCCUGGUGAGGGAUUGGUGCGGAGAAGAGCUUGGGUGGUGAUAGGGCUCAGGCUGUUCUCCUCCCCCUGCUCCCAUCAGUCAGCUGUGGGGGAGGGAGGGCUCCAGCUGUCAGCCCCUUGGGACUGACCACCAACGGCUGAUGUAACUAAUGCAUUGUCUACACAGACAUUGCAUCACCCUAACAACAUCAACUUAAGCACUACGCCUCUAAUGGAGGUGGAGUUAUUUUGGCGUGAUGGGUUACUUCUGUGGAAGCAGCAUUGUAGUGUAGACACUGACCUUAUUAGGUUGACAUAAGCUGCCUUAGGUCAGCCUAACUCUGUAGUAUAGACUAAGCUUCAGUAUCCUACAUUGCAGAAUAAACUCCUCUUGCUUCUAAAACAAAGAAACUGAGGUAAUAGUUUUAAAAUGCAAACAGUAUAUUUGUUAAAAAAAAAUUUCAGCUUACAAUGGUUGUUACUAUUUGCAGAUAUAUUUGAUAUAUAUUGAGACAUAAACUAUGACUUAAGAAUUUGUUUUUUAAAAAAACAGUCUUUAAAGUGUGUUAGUCUUCUUGUGGUGUGUGUGGGGGGUUUUUGGUUUUUUUUUUUAAUGCAGGGUCUGCUUAUAUCGGUGUAGAAAAAGCUAGGUUUAGCUCAAGUACCAUGUUUGGCAAGUGGUGUGUGCCGGUGCUGAGCAGGAAAGAAAAGAGAACAGGGGAUUAAAAAUGAGGCCUCAUGAGUCUGAAAAUACAUCAUGUAGGUGCCCUCUAGUUCUGUUUUUGUGAUAUUGAGGUGAUUGUGAGACUGGGACAACACAGUUUACAACAUUAAAGUAUAACCAUUUCUAAGUAGUCUUUUCCACUGUGCAUCAUGUCAGCAGCUGCCAAUUUUUAUCCAGUACACCAGCCUCUCACAUGGAAUUGCCAGUGUCUUAUGAGGAGGCCACUCCAACAUCACUGCACAGAUUUAAAUGCGUGAGCAGCUCAGCUGAUGUUACUCUGUUUUAUUUGGUUUUGCACGCUUUGAAGGGGGGAAGAAUUGCAGAUCCCACUCUGUUAGUUCUGCCUGCCCCAUCCUAAAAAGAUAUUUAUAGUUAAAAUAUAUUGUGAUCACUCUUAAAUGUAUAAUAAAUAGCAUGGGCACACACAUUUUAGUGCAUCAUUGCUGUAGAUGGGUUGUUGUGAUUUGCCUGAGUGAUGUACAUUACAAAAUAGCAUUUCAGUAUUUUGGGGGUUUUUUAAAAAGGGGGUGGUGGUACUGGAUGAGGAGGUACACAAGAAGCUUUUGAACCUGAAGUUUCUUUUUGAGAAAAGUGGAACACUGAUUAGAUAAGGACUUCCACUGAGGUAGACGUCAACAUUUUUUAAGCUAAGAGGUAAAUACUGAUGAAAACAAAAUAGGUAAUAUGUAUUUUUUUAAUUAUUAAUCAGAAAUAUCUAGAUGUCUGCAAGUCUGGUCAAGAAUUUCUUAAGAAUUACAGGGUUUAGAGGGGUUUUUUAAGAUGAAGUUCUAGAAAGAUAAUGCUAUCAGUCGGGGAGCAUGACUAAAUUAUAGAUCUCUGAGCCAGUCAGGAAGCUUUUAUUGGUAUACAUGCUCUGGUUAACAUUUUUCCAGGCUUUAAUAUUGAUCUUGGGAGGUAAACAGUUGAAAAUUACUGACAUGUGACUUUUUUUCCCUGUAUGUAACAAUGAUAAAUCCAUGAAAGCAUGUACCUUGGUAAUAUUAUGCCACUGGAUGGAGAGUUGGAGAGCUGGGCUUGCUAUGUAGUCCAGCAGAGCUGCCCUCUUCUUAAUUCAUUAAGAUCUUAUCUUGAGUGAGUCCAGCAAUGUGUUAUUUCUUAUACUUUUCUGAUCAUAGUUCAUUUUUGAGCCCAACGUUCUCCACAAUAUGUAUAUGCUUCAAUUUCAUAUAACCGAUGCUUGUGUUCUUCAGAACUGCUGUUAUGGAGUUGAAAUAGAGAAUAAAUGCUUUUAUGGCCUGUAGUUGUACUUUCUAAGUGAUGGUCCUGACAGCUCUCACCUCACAAGCUAAAUGAUUUUUGGUCUGGAUUGGUAUUUGGAUGAAACGCCAAAGAACCCUUAGGUGCUGCAGGAAGUGGAGUUGGUGAUUUAGUAGAUAGCACCUUUUUCCUCUGAGUCAGAAAUAAUGAGUGCCCCAGCGUGGUAGCUGUGGGGGGCACUGUGCUGUUGGAAUGUCAUGUUUCAGAUGUGACAUUGAAGAAUAAAAAUAGCUCUGGAAUGAGAGAGGGUGUUAACCUCCUUGACCUGGACAAAAUCCAAUGUAGGUAGUUAUUUCACCUACCUGAACUUUUACGGAAAGUUUAAAGGGAUAUGAUAUUUUGUUUACAUUUGGUCUAGUCCUGCACCUACUGAACUCAGGGAAUUUUCAGUUAACUUUUGUGGGCACAGUACUGGGCCCUUGUUGUCUAAAUUGCUGUGGUCUGCUACCUUUCAUCAUAAACAUGGCUGAAUUUCACUGUUGGAUUGAAGUGAUUUCCACAUAAAUAUGUCAGCGUAAGAGCUAAAUUAUGCUUUCUGAUGUGUGUAUGUGGCUUAUACUGAACUCUGCCCACAGAAAGUUCUUCUGUGGGAGAUUGCCUAUAUGUAUGAAAAAGGCAAAAUUUGGCCCUACGCUUGUGAAGUUAUUUGAGAUGAAAGGUGCUGUAUCAAUAGUAAAAUCUUACUCCCUGUUGUAAGAUGUGAGAUAGUAUUAUUAUUGUAGCAGUGUUGUUGAAUUACUAUGUCAGAAAAAUCCAGAUUUUGGCAACAUUCAGAGUUGCUUUCUGCAGUUAGGAGGCAAACAGUCACAUUUGGAGGAACAACUUCUUAUAGUUUAUUAUGAACCCAAAUUAAAUUUAGCAUUUGGAAAGCCCAUAGCAGAUCUUUGAUGCUCCUCGCUUGGUGAGCAACAACAAUGUGAAUUCUUUACAUCUGCUAAUUCUGAUGUCAAUCUGCACAUUUAGCAUAGUCUUUUCCCACUUAGGACCUGAUCCUGCAAAUUGCUCUCCCCAGGCAGACCCUUAUGUUUGGGCAGAGCACUGCACUUUUGAAGUAAGUAGGGCACUGCAUGGGUCCCAGGGUUAGCCACAUGGAGAAGUGUGCAAGACAGGGCCUAAAAUUAUUCAUCUAUUUUGCAAUUAAUAUGAACAUCACAUUUAGCACCAUGAUUUCUCAAAGAAAAUAUAAAAUAUGCUUUAAUCUUAAUUCAGAUUUUAAAUCAAAAUUAAUACAAUUUUCAUUUAACUGUUUGUAUUCACUUCUUAUUUUUCAGAGUUCUUUGAAAAAUCCUUAGUGGUCUUGACAAUGUUACAAGUGACAUAAAUUAGCCUGUGGCACAGAAUGAUGGAUUCCCAGAAGACUGGAAAUGGUUUGCAAGUGAUUGGACAAGGGACUGGUAUAGGGAUAUCUGCACUCCACAUGGUGGGGUAUUUGGGAAAAAACUGUAAUUCUGCUGUAGUAACGUCAGAUGACUGCUGCCCAGCCUGCAAAGAGAAGGGCCAGAUACAAGCUUUACGGACUUACCGCAUUAGUUUUCAAGAGUCUAUUUUCCUUUGUGAAAAUCCACAGUGCAUCUACCCUCUGGGCUAUAAACCAUUAAACAGCAUAAUAAUUCCUGCUGAUUCAGAAAAUCAUCAAACUCAGUGUACUCAGAGAAAAAGGAAGAUUUUUGAAAUCAGUCCUGCAGCUUCCCCCAUUGAAUCAUAUUCAAAACAAGCUAGGACUAACAACAAUUUGAUAGAUGCUGAGCACACUUUAAAUACUGAUCUUGUUCUCAAGUAUAAUGGAUAUAAUUUAUGUAUGACCCAGCCAUGCCUACCUGAUUUAUCACAGGAUGAUCAGCAGAAACCUAAUAGGACGGCUGAGUCUCUGGAGCAUAAUGUGGACGUGGCAACUGUUAUCACUGUUUGUGGUGCACAAGAAAGUCCUGACUCUAAUUCCAAAACACAGCUUUUGCCAGAUUCUGAACUUUGUUCAAUAAAAUCUGAAAUCUUGCAUGGAGACAGCAAACCUUCAUUGUUCAUGGGGCAUUUGUGUCUUCAGUGGAGGAACGUCUAUGCUCUAUGUUGGUUAGAUUGUAUUCUGUCAGCAUUGGUACACUUAAAAACUUUAAGGAUUGCUGUGACUGAAGCGUGCACUGAAGAAUCUGUAAUCCAGAGGCUGUUUACAAAAUAUAACCAAGCGACUGCACUCUUGAAUGCCUGCCAAACAAAUAAGCUAAAAGAUGUUCUUCCAAAAGCUGAGUUGCAUCUAAAUGAAAUCAGAAAUGUGAUAUUUGCUCAACUUCAACCUCAGCUUAAAUGUGAAAUGGGUAAGAAGGAAAGUCCAGUAUUUGCAUUCCCUCUGCUUUUACAAAAGGAUCCCCAAGUCGAGACACUUUUCCUGCAUUCUUUUUCAUGGAUGUUUGAAUGUUUACAUUGUGGCUACAGCCACCAAGACAGGUGUAGGAAGACACUAACAACAUUUACAAAUAUAAUCCCUGACUGGCACCCACUUAAUGCUAUUCAUAUUGCUCCAUGUAAUAAUUGUAAUGAUAAAUCUCAAAGAAGAAAAAUGAUUUUGGAAAAAGUACCAUCAAUAUUUAUGAUACAUUUCGUAGAAGGUUUGCCACAUAACGAGCUGAAGAACUAUUCGUUUCAAUUUGAAGGAGAUUUCUACCAAAUAACAGCUGUUAUUCAGUAUCAACAAGAUCCAAAACACUUCAAAACCUGGGUUUUGAAUCCUGAUGAAACUUGGCUUGAAUGCGAUGACAUAAAAGGUCCAUAUUGUGAAAGACGUGAAAAAUUUGAAGUUCCUCUUUCAGAGAUUCACAUUGUCAUCUGGGAAAGGAAAGCAUCCCAAGUGCCAGAUAAAAUGAGCUAUCAGGUCCAAAGUGUAAAAUCUGAAAAUCUUCCUCUUAAUGAUGCACAGUCAAGUUCUUCUCAAGUGUUGCAUCGUGAUGGUGAUAAUGCCGUAGACGAAAUAACUACAGUAUUUCACAAAAAGGAGAUUGUGAGCAUUCCUGUUAAUGAACAACAAAAAGUGGCCAGAGAUGAUGAUGAAAAUAGCUUGCUUUCUGGCUUAGAAAAUUUGGCAGCUGAUGAUGUUAUAACGCUGACACUUGUAGAAAUUCAAGUUGAUUCUGAAGGUAAACCACUGGACAAUGGACAGACUGUGGGAAAUCACCUAAUUGCUGAAACCGGCUUGCUGAAAGAGCAGGAGUCAGCUUGUUCCGAUCACACUCCAUGUACAGAAGACGUUUGUAGUCCAACUACGUCUACCAACAUGUGCACACCACCUGAAAAUGCCUGUAUUUCCUUACAUCUUGAACAGUUGAACCUAGCAAAUAUUGCCUCUGCUGUUCCCACCAGAAACCAUUGUAGUGACUCGUCCGCGCCAUCACAAUCUCAAGAGGCAGAGGCCAAGGCUAACCCAGUCAACACUGAGAAUAUCGUGUUAAAUCCAGAACUCUUGCAGAAUAAGAAAUUAGCAUUAAUGGAGAAUGUUAUGCAGAAAUCAUCUAACACCAGAAACACAAGCAAAAUUGUAGCAGACUCUCAGGCUGCAGCUUUGUCUGCUACAAAUAAUUCCACCCAGUCUUUGCAUAAAGAUCAAAAGAGAGGAUUUGUAGGAAGUUGGGUAAAGGGGUUCUUAAGCAAGCAUAAUACCUUUAUGCCUUCAAGUGCCUCAAUUCAUCAUCAUAAUAAGAAAAGUUACAAAAAUCCUUCUUUACUAAGAGCUGCUGACUUGCACCUCCCUACUAAGGGGGCAGCUAAUUUUGGUGGCUUUCAAGCCAAAGGUACAAGCAAAACAACUGAGGCGGCGCCUAAAUCAGCUGUUUGUCAAGGUGCAAAUAUUCCUCCUUUGUUAACAAACAUCACUGGUCCUUCUGUACAUGCUCGUCUCCCUGCAGUAAACCCUGUAGUUGAUGGUCCACCUUUGAAUAAGUCUGGAAUUUCAUUGGGCACCUGGAGUGAAGUAAUUCAACCCAACACCCCCAUCUUUAGUUCCAAACCUCGCCAUGGUGAAAAUGGAAAUCACAAAUCUGAUGUGAAGGAUAAAGAAUCGGAUGCCAAAACUCACAAGCUUCGUUUAAAACUGCUUAAAAAACUGAAGGCUAAAAAGAACAAGUUGGCUUCACUUGAUAGGCUGGCAAAGACUCAGAUGUGUAAUGGAAGCUCUCCAAAUAGAGAUGUAGAAGAUCUGUUACAAUUUGGAUCUCAUCAUGAAAGUGAAUCAGUACAGAACUUAUUGAAUGAACUACAGUAUCAGAUUGAUGUUGCAGACAGUGAAUCUGUAUAUAGUACAAACUCCAACAUGUCACUAUGCAGUAGCCAGAGUAAUGCAGCGUUUUUAGCAGACUUACUAUCUCCUCCUUCGAUUGUUGCUUCUUCAGAGCUUCCAAAAGAUGAAGAUGAGUGUAGAUAUUUGGAAAUGGUGGAUAGCAAUACUGCAGUACCAGUGCAUAGUGCGAGAACCAACCCCACAUGCAUCACUGUGACAAGAGAAGACCAUAAUUAUUACAGUCCUGUAAAAGAAAGCAAGUAUGAAGGUCAUACAGACUCACUAAUGAACAAAUCCUGCUUGAAAAGACUUUCCUUUGAAAGUCCCACAAAGGAAGAUUUCCUUGAAGACCUGUUCUCCUCCACAGUGUUGAACUCAAUAGCAGGAGACAUAGAUUUACCUCAUUUUGAUGAAACUCUAUUUGAAACUUGUUGAAUUGUUGUAAUAUUUGUUUUUAACAUUUGAGAAUUUUGUAUAUCAGCUUUCAUGCAAAGUACUAUUAAAUUAUUUUCAAACUA